AACUUUUAGCCUAGCGUACCAUACAACUCUCACCAGCUUGUGUGUCUAACUAGUUGGUUAGAAUCCCGGUCCGGUAACGCGUGGACAUGAAGGGGAUUGUGCCGAGUGAUGCUAUUCGGUGCGCCGCUCAUGUCAACUCAAAGCAACAGUUUGACGAGCUAUAUCGCAAAUCUUUAGAGCAUCCUGAAGAUUUCUGGAUAGCCUGCGCUCAUCGCUUUUUUUGGAAAAAUAAACCAACGAAGGAAAAUGCUCUGUCUUACAACUUUGACAUCCGCAAGGGCGCUGUAUUCGUGAAGUGGUUUGAAGAUGGCGUGACUAACAUGUGCUACAAUAUUCUGGAUAAGAAUGUUGAACAUGGUCUAAGUGACAAAAUUGCAUUCCAUUGGGAGGGAAACAAUCCGGAUGAUUACUGCGCUGUGACUUACGGUGAACUGCUAACUAAGGUCCAGCGUUUUGGCAUCGCAUUGAAAUCCCUCGGUGUCACAAAGGGCGACUGCGUCGCGAUCUACAUGCCCAUGGUUCCUGAAAUUGUUGUGGCUAUGCUGGCUUGUGCACGCAUCGGAGCUGUUCACUCGGUUGUGUUUGGGGGUUUCUCUGCGCUUGCAUUGGCUAGUCGAAUUGCGGACGCAAAAUGCAAACUCCUCAUCACAUGUGAUGGCGCAUGGCGUGGAACCAAGUUAAUAGACUUGCUAGAGAAUGCCCUAUCAGCACUGGAGAUAUGCGAGCAGAACGGCCAUGACGUCCAGCAUUGUAUUGUUCUCCGUCACCUUUCCUCAUCUUCGAUGGAUAAAAAUGGACAAAUGUUGAACGGUUCCGCAACGUCGUUGAUUCAGGGAGUCUCUCCGUCCUACAACUCUUGUGCGAGAUUACAGCAGGGUCGCGAUAUUUGGUGGCAUGAUUUAUUGGACAGUUUUCCGGAUAAAGUAGGCUGCCCCGUGGAGUGGUUGAACGCAGAGGAUCCGUCCUUCAUCCUGUACACCAGUGGAAGUACGGGCAAGCCAAAAGGCGUCGUCCACACCGUCGGUGGUUAUAUGGUCUACGCUGCCACCACGUUCUACUACACCUUCGACUACCACCCAGAUGAUGUGUACUGGUGCACCGCCGAUGCCGGUUGGAUCACAGGGCAUUCUUAUGUCGUCUACGGUCCGAUGCUAAAUGGGGCCACCAGCGUGAUUUUCGAGGGCAUCCCAACUUGGCCCGAUUGCGGCCGCUGUUGGGCUAUUGUGGACCGAUAUCAGGUCACAAAGUUCUACACCGCCCCUACAGCUAUACGCACAUUGAUCGCCGCAGGGGAUGAAUUUGUGCACAAGUAUCGUCGAACUAGUUUGAAAGUCCUUGGUUCUGUUGGCGAACCAAUCAAUCCCUCCGCUUGGGAAUGGUAUUAUUAUUUGGUCGGGAACGGUCGAUGUUCCAUAGUCGACACGUUUUGGCAGACGGAAACCGGCGGUCACAUGAUCACUGCACUCCCAGGUGUCUCCGUAAUGAAACCCGGUUGUGCGAAUCGACCGUUUUUCGGUGUGGAUGCACGAAUAAUGUCAGAAAGCGGUGAAGAUUUGUCACAAGAGGCCAGCGCAAAUCGCACCUCCGUGAAUGGCUAUCUAGUGUUUGCAAAGCCAUGGCCAGGUAUGAUGCGAACCAUCCACGGCGAUCAUCAACGCUUUCAGGACGUCUAUUUCUCCCGGUUUCCGGGCUACUAUUUGGCCGGUGAUGGAGCCAAGAUGGAUGAAGAUGGAGAUUUCUGGAUCACAGGUCGUAUCGAUGAUAUGCUAAACGUCAGCGGUCACCUGAUCAGUACAGCGGAGGUGGAAAGCACCGUUCUCCUGCAUCCUCGUGUAGCGGAAGCGGCAGCUGUCAGUCGCGUUCAUCCAGUGAAGGGAGAAUGCUUACAUUGCUUUGUCACUCUGAAAGAGGAGAGCCUCGCUUUAUGCACUUCUGUGACCAAUGGGACACGGCAUGAUGCCUUUGAAGCUCUCCGAGACCAGAUACACGAUCUAGUUCGCAAGAAAAUUGGUCCGUUCGCUAUUCCGGAUCACGUACAGAUCGCUUCCACGCUACCCAAGACUCGAAGUGGCAAAGUACUGCGACGUAUUUUGCGCAAGAUUGCCAAUUUGGACUUCGAUUUCGGUGACACCUCCACCAUCGCCGAUCAGUCCUGUCUCGAUGACCUGAUUGCACAGGCCAAACUAGUCUGAACUAUCAACCAAUCACUCAUCUCGUCUACUUAUCCCCAACUCUUUAUACUUCACCUUUAAACACCAUUUCUGUGUUGUCACACACACACACACCUCUGUAGCCACAACUGUCAACACACCGUUGCUAUCUUCUUCAUCCUGUUCGGAGAAGUACAGUACACUUGCUACUCAUAUGCAACCAUUUUGGUGACAUUGAGGGGUGUCACGUGGUCAAUGUGUCCUAUUCUCUCUCUCUCUCUCUCUCAGAUCAAGUGGCAAGGUUGUGCUUUUUCUAUCCAGCGCAUGCCGCUCCCUCCCCCCCCCCCCCCCAAUGCCUUGUCAACACUAUUCCGGGCAUUUGCGUGCAUCAAUCCCCUUUCUCUCUCCCCUUCCGUACCUACUUAUCGGUCUGGGCGGCAUUCGAAUCGCUCGGCUACUACCUCGGUUGUGAUCGCAAUUGUUGUUUAUCGAUUUUAUUGUUCUAUUCCACUUUUUAUUUUUUGUUCACCCCCCGUUUCGACUGCAGUCACCAUCGAUCUUUGUAUGCCAAUAGCUGAUGUUCUUCACUUGACAUUCCCCCAACCUGAGUGUUUUCAUUAUUUCAGGGCUUAUCUAGUCUAUCUAUUUAUCGUUUGUCUUUUACGCUAUACACUUGGUAGCACACACAUGCACACC